CUUUUUCUCAAUGUUUCCGGCGAAAACUCACCAAUCCACCGCCAUUACUACCGCCGUGGAAUUUUUCUGGCCGCCGUGUUCCCACUCUCAGCUUAACAGCAUUAAAAAGCUCUAACUCUCUUUGUUCAUCGGACUUAUAGGUAUGGCAAUGGCGCUCAUGAGGUCAUUGAAAAGCAUCACCACCUCGAACGAGCUACUUAAAGUGGCAGGCUGCAGAACAUUCGCUUCUGGAGGUGCUAAAGCGAAGAAAGGGAAAGGCGGUGCUGGUGGAGAUGCCCCCAAAGCAUCAUUGAUAAGCAAAGAAGUGAAAUCCACUACUGUUUAUGGUGCCAAUAUACUGAAAGAUGGGCAAGACCCGAAAAUCUUGCCUGAUUCCGAGUACCCUGAUUGGCUGUGGCACCUGCUCGACAAACACCCCGCCCUCAGUGAGCUCAGGAGGAAGGACACUGAAACUCUUCCAUUCGACGAGCUCAAGCGUUUUGUCAAGCUGGAUAACCGAGCCAGAAUCAAGGAGAAUAACAUGCUGAAGGCCAAAAAUUAGGACAGACUAGUUUGUUUUGGACAUGGGUUUUUUUUUACAUCUGUGGAUGAGUUAAUCAAGUUCUAUUUACAAGUA